AGCUGAUCUCUGUAAUCAUUCCUUAAUUUAGAUUAAAGGAACUAAAAGUUAGAAACUGGUUGAGAUUCUGAUCGCUUCUGGGGACCAAGGACCGGAGGAGCUCCGAGGCGUCUGACCGCCAACAGGAUGCGGUAGGCCGGACAGCUUUCCUCAACACUGGGAGUAAAACCGUCUGCGGUUGAAGUCCAGGGAUCGUCGGUUCGGCCCACUUCAGAGAGUCUGCGGUAAAGGGUUCUACUGGCAAGCAUCAGUUGAAGCAUUCUGUAGCGUUGCCUCUGACGAACAUCCCCAUUAACCCACGCUGACACUGGUUCUAUUAUCUCCCUGACCCUGAAACUGGGUCACACCAGGGUCUUCAGGCCGAAGAUCCACGAUGUCCCACUAGAACCCCUCAAAGCUCCGUUUGAUGCUCCAUUUUUAAGAAUCACACUAGGAAGAGUGACGUGUUCUUUAGUGUCUUACGGCAGAUGAUUCCAUGCUUUAUUUAAAAAGCGGAAGGUUAGAGAAAAUAAAAGCAGCUGCGUGUUUUUCAUUGGUCGCUGCUGAUCCAAUAAUUCUUCAUAAUGGUUCUGGUUUCUCAUAGUAAAUUUGACUUUCUGUUUUCCGAGCCAUGAAAGGGUCAGUGAAGCCGUCCUGACCUUUCACCCCGCUCUGUACCAACAGUCGCCCUCUGCAGCAGACCGUUAACACGCCAACGUUCCGCUUAGGACCCUGCUUUACCGCUCGGUGAGCCCACGGUGCCCAUUGCUCGGUUCGGUCGCAUCAACAGAACCGGAGCGAUACCAUCUGGAAGCCACAGGCUCUCUAACGCAAAUGGAGGAGUUUCUGCAGAGCUGCCGGCAGACCUUGCAGGAGAAAACGGAUCAGGACAGCCCGGGUUUCCAUGUUGUUUUGGGGAAUGAAGCCUGUGAUGUGGACUCUAUGGUGUCCGCUCUUGCCUUCGCCUACUUACUGUUCAAGACUGCAGGUGGCGACUCGCUGGUUCUGCCCCUGCUCAACAUCCGACAGUCAGAACUGGUGCUGCGAUCAGACAACGUGUUCCUGCUGCGUCAGACUGGUCUGUCUCCAGACCUGCUGCUGUUCAGGGACCAGCUGGACCUCAGAGUUCUGCACAGAGCAGGCCGUCUGCGGCUGACCCUUGUCGACCAUAACGUCCUGCCUAGACUAACGUUGCAAAUCUCUUCCUCACUUGCUUCACUUCCCUCCAUUCUGCUGUUGUUGAACUGCGGCUGCGCCACUCGGCUCCCUUCAGACACUGACCUGGAGGGGGCAGUGGUGGAGGUGCUUGAUCACCAUCAGCUUGAGAGAAAACUUUCCCCCACCUGUCCUGUUACCGUGGAGAUGGUGGGAUCUUGUGCUACCUUGGUAACUGAACGCAUCAUCCAGAAAGCUCCACAGAUCCUGGACCAGCAGCUGGCCCAGCUGCUCUAUGCAGCGACAGUGGUGCUGGACUGUGUCAACAUGGCUCCUGCUGCAGGUAAAGUAACACCUAAAGACAGUCAGUACAUUGCUGUGCUGGAGACGCGAUUCCCCACUAUGCCACCAAGGGGCACUCUGUUCCAGGCGCUGCAGAAUGCCAAGUUUGACGUGUCAGGUCUGAACAUGGAGCAGAUGUUGUUAAAAGACAUGAAAGCUGUUUCAGGAAGUCUCAACGUCGCCGUUCCAGUUCUCUACAUCACCCUGAAGGAAUUUUUGCAGAGGGCUGACUUGGAAGCGGAGCUUUCAGUUUUCUGUCAAAAGUCUGGAUUUGAUUUGCUGCUGAUGAUGACAAUCUCCUUUACUGAGAGCAAAGAGCCAAUCAGAGAGCUUGUUGUGUUCAGCCACAGCGCCUCCUGCAGGGAGCAGGUAAGUAAGUACCUGGAGCAGGCCCACAACCCCGCCCUCAACCUCAGUCCAAUCAGCUGCCCCCAUCCACACAUCUCAGCGUAUCAGCAAGGGAACACACUGGCUUCCAGGAAGAAGCUCCUACCCCUAGUUAAGGACUUCCUGAGAGAGUGUGAUGGAGACGGUUGCCUGAGAGACACAGAGGAGGACUCUGAGGUUCCUCCUACCCCCAUGAAUAGUCUGGUGGACGGCUGUCCUCUGGACGAAGGACUUCCUCGAAUAACUGCUGAGGACCUGCAGGACAAGUUGCACCAGAUGGAGUCUGCUGACCUCUGACCUCUCUUCUGUUGGUCCUCAGGGUGUCUCUGUCGUCAUCCCAUCGUCUCUGAUACCACACCAGUGUCAGAGGAUGGGCAGAGACUCUGAGGACAGAACAUCAGAACCCAAAUUACUUCUGUCAGGAAACCGUUUUAAUCUCAGAUCGAUUCCGGUGGAACUAAAGCUGGUCCUACAAAACCAGUCCAACAGAACCGGCCCAUUCUCAGUGGGGUAGACUCAGUACAGUAGAUUAAGGUGACUGGUCCAGUAGAACCUGCUCUGAACAGGUUCUACUGGACCAUUCUGAAGUGAGUUCAUGAUCUCAUUUGUUUCUCCUAAUUUUAACAAAGACAAUCUGAGCAACCAAAAUGCAGCUGGGAGAUGUGUAAAACCUUCAGAAUAAAAGACUUUAUUUCAUGUUUUUUUAAUAACCUGUUUAUUGUUGAUGAUGUUCCUGCUCAGAUACGGGAUCUCCUUCAUGAAGUUAACGAAACUGUUUCUCUGAUAGUAAAAUGUUCAAGCUAAAAAACUUCAACACAUCUCCACUUACAAUAAUAAAAGCAUGUCAGUCUUACCCUUGAAUGAAACUGGUCACAACAAAGAUCUGCAUGAGCUGUUCCUUCAGAAUAAAGGUCUGUCACCUGAUAGACAUUCUAAAAGCA